GCGGACUCGCUGCGGCUCGCGCUGUCCCGGCGGUCAGCACGUAGGGGCUCCUGCGGCCAGCCUCGCUGCCCAGCGCGUCUCGGUGCCCACCGGUGGUGCAGCUUGCGCGGCGGCCUCACGUCAGACCCAGAGCGCUUAGCAGGUGCGGGGUCUGGGAAGCUGGGUCCCUGCAGCCAGAGGGGGAGUGCGUGCGGGGGCGAAGCGGCUCGAGGUGACACCGCGAGACUUUUGACGCGCAGCGGCCCUGCAGGCGCUUCAGCUCCAGACCUUCCUUGAGAGGGACACCAGGUUAUGGCAGCCAUGAUCCCGUCAGUUUGGCCCCAGGUGAGCUGUGGGUCCCUCAUCCCUUCCUCUGGGCAGUUCAGAUUGAGACCUGAGGAAAGAGCUGCUGCCACUCGGAAGGAAAACUGCUUCUACCUGCCAAACUGGAUCUUGAGGGAAAGAAGUUGGUGACCUUUGAGGAUGUGGCUGUGUACUUCACCCAGACGGAAUGGGAUGGUCUGUCCCGAGAACAGAGGACGCUGUACAGGGACGUCAUGCUGGAGAAUUAUAGGAACUUGGCCUCUGUGGGACUGGCACUUCUCAAACCCACUGUGAUCUCACAGCUAGAGGAAGGAGAGGACCUGGAAAACCUGUCUCAGCUGGCCACUGGAACAGGCUCCCAGGGCCUCUGGACUGAAUAUACUGCUAUCCUGACUGGCAAUAAUUUGACAAAAGAAGUGUGUGAAGUAAAAAGGAGUGCAUUUGAACUUCAGAAGAACUUUUCUCAGGACACAAAUUUUCCCAAAAAUUAUGUUGUUGGCCAACAACAGGAAAUCCAAUCAACAGGAAUUGUGAAGGAGGGUAUCAGUACUACUGAUGGAAGAGUUAAGACAAAUUCCAUGAAAGGGUAUUUAUUUAGUCAGACUACAAACUUGUCCCAGAAUCAUACCAACUCCACUGGAGAACAAUAUUCUGAUACCAAAUUUACUAACAAUGAAAAAAUCACUAUAGAGGAAAGGCCUUUGAAACACAAAGAGCUCGCAGAGACCUCUCAAGGUAGCUCUCAAGUUAAUCAGCAUCCAGGAAGCUGUGAUGUGGAGAAACCCUAUCAGUGUACAGAAUGUGGCAAAGCCUUCAGUGUCAGAGCAAAAUUUGUUUGGCAUCAAAGACUUCAUAAUGGAGAGAAGCCAUUCAAAUGCCUGGAGUGUGGGAAAAGCUUCAGUUACAGUUCACACUAUAUCACACAUCAAACAAUCCACAGUGGGGAAAAGCCUUAUCAGUGUAAGGUCUGUGGCAAGGCCUUCAGUGUUAAUGGAAGUCUCAUUAGACACCAGAGGAUCCACACGGGAGAGAAGCCCUACCAGUGCCAGGAAUGUGGGACUGGCUUUGGCUGUAGUUCUGCAUACAUUACACACCAGAGAACCCACACUGGGGAGAAGCCUUAUGAGUGCAGUGACUGUGGGAAAGCUUUCAAUGUGAACGCAAAAUUAAUUCAGCAUCAAAGAAUUCACACAGGAGAGAAGCCUUACGAGUGUGAUGUGUGUGGGAAGGGCUUCAGGUGCAGCACGCAGCUCAGGCAGCAUCAGAGUAUACAUACUGGAGAGAAGCCACAUCGGUGCGGUGAGUGUGGGAAAGGCUUCACUAAAAACGCAAAGCUCAUUCAACACCAGAGAGUCCACACGGGUGAAAAACCCUACGAGUGCAACGACUGUGGCAAGACUUUCAGUGCCAAGGGGAAGUUAAUCCAGCACCAGAGAAUCCACACAGGCGAGAGACCCUAUGAAUGUAACGAGUGUGGGAAAUCCUUCAGGUGUAACUCCCAGCUUCGGCAGCAUCUGAGAAUCCAUACUGGGGAGAAGCCAUAUAAGUGCACUGAGUGUGGGAAGGCCUUCAACGUUAAUGCCAAACUGAUGCAGCAUCGGAGAACUCACACAGGGGAGAAACCUUUUGAAUGUAGUGAAUGUGGGAAGUGCUUUACUUCUAAAAGAAACCUACUUGACCAUCAGCGAACCCAUACUGGAGAAAAGCCCUAUCAGUGUAAGGAAUGUGGGAAAGCCUUCAGCAUCAAUGCCAAGUUAACGAGACAUCAGCAAAUCCAUACUAGGGAGAAACCUUUCAAGUGUAUGGAAUGCGAGAAAGCAUUCAGUUGUAGUUCUGACUAUAUUGUGCACCAGAGGGUCCAUACUGGAGAGAAACCCUUUCAGUGCAGUGAGUGUGGCAAAGCCUUCCACGUCAACGCUCAUUUAAUUAGACAUCAGAGAAGCCACACUGGGGAAAAGCCUUUCCGAUGUGUGGAGUGUGGCAAAGGCUUCAGCCUUAGUUCUGACUGCAUUAUACACCAGACUGUCCAUACUUGGAAGAAACCCUAUGUGUGUAAUGUAUGUGGGAAGACUUUCAGGUUUAGCUUUCAACUUAGUCAGCACCAAGAUGUUCAUAGUGAAGGGAAAUCCUAAUAGAUGGAGGAGGAGGAAGAAGAAGAAACAACGAACGAAAGAAAAACAAAAACAACAAAACUCUAUCUUUAAUUGGAAAUGGAUCAUGGCUCAUCAGUUAUUACCUGGAGGGAAACCCUCAGAGGGAAUUGAUAGGAAAUAGAUCAUGGCUCAUCAAUUAUUACCUGGAGGAAAACCCUCAGAGGGAAAUGAAUGUGGCAGUCUUCAUUUGGAAAUGAGUUUUCUCUUUUCUAUUUUUAAUCAAGAUUAGCUGAGCAGCUGGAAAGUUAUCUAUAAAAUAACCUGUUUUUUUUUUUUUUUUUUUUUUUUUUUUAAUGAACUUGUUUUGUUUUGUGAGACAGGGUUUCUCUGUAUAGCCUUGGCUGUCUUGGAACUCACUCUAGACCAGGCUGGCCUCCAACUCAGAGAUCUGACUGCCUCUGCCUCCUGAGUGCUGGGAUUUCAGGUGUAUGCCACCACUGCCCAGCUAAUAACUUAGUUUUAUACCAGUAAUCUGACAGGAAUAUCAUGAGAGAAAACAUCCCAUUCCCAGCAGCAUCAGGAAAAGUAGAUUUUUUUUCUAGGAAUAACUUUUGUGAGACUGAAGAAAAUUAAGAAUUCUCAACUGAGGAAAUUAAAAAAAAGUAAAAGGGGUGGAGCCAAAGUAUUUAUUUCUGCUAAGUUUUUGACAACAAGGAUGCAUUAUACUUCUUUCUUUCUUUAUUUUUUGACAGGGUUUUUCUGUGUAGCCUUGGCUGUUCUGGACUUAAUUUGUAGACCAGGCCAGCCUCAAACUCACAGAAACCCAUCUGCAUCUGCCUCCCUGAGUGCUGGAAUUACACUUCCUUUAAAAAAAGGGGGGGGGGAGUAAAUAUUAAAAAAAAUAUUUGUUAGAAGAAGCCUUUAAAAAAUAUCAGAUCUAAAGAAGAUGAACAAGGAAAAUGUUGACAAAUGACUCAUUCAAAAAUAAACCUGUGUGUUUUGUUGUAAAUAAUUUCAGAUAAGAUCGAGAUGUAAAGCGCACAUACACAUUCCCACUAGCACCCACAUGCGCACACACACACAUAGACAUUUGUAAAAUUUAUGAUAAAAAGUGUAAUAUCUAGUACUCAGAUUUUAAUAUAACGUUAAAAAAUCAACAGUGACAUUAACAGGCAAUGCUUCAAAAUUCCAAGUGUUCUGAAGAAGUGUUCCACCUCAUUAGUACCCCAAGGAGUGAAAAUUAGUGAAAACCUGUUUUUGCAUGUCACAUUGAGUAUAUGAUGUGCAUCUCCAAUACUAUGCAGCCCUCAGUGAUUGUAGAUGCUGUAUUUGCUAUCGAUGCCUGCCAUACAAGCAUAAAAUAUAUUUAACAAGAUAGCAUGUCAGAGUUCUAUUUUGUAGUGACUGAACUCUAGAAACAUGGCUAUGUCCUGAGAAAAAAAUGUCUGCCUUGGAUUUCAACUCUGUGGUCUUGGGCUCCAUGAAAAUGUUGGAAUUCUCAAGAUACUCUCUGAAGUCUCUUACCCUCUUUUUUAAAAAAUGUAAGCCACUAAUAUCAUUUAAGCUGCCAAGAAGCUGAGAAACAGCAGUUACCUCUCUGUGUUGUCAACUGUUAAUGGGUAGUAAAGGAAAAGGUUUUCCACUCAAAACACUUCUAGUACCAAAUAUUCGGGUUUCUACACCAGUUGUCAGCAGACACCAACUGGGUGUCCUCCAAUUUAUAUCAAUGAAGACACUAUCCAUAACAUCCUGCUGGUUCAGACUGCCUCUUCCUGUCUUCAGACACUGCUGAUGAGUCAUACAUUUUUGAUUUGGCUGCAAACUCAACCCUUUUGGGUUCAGUAAUUUGCUAUAGUAAUCCACAGACCUUAAAGAGACAAUUCACAGUUACCAUUGAUUCUAAAUUAUAUCAUGAAUGUCAGAUGAACAGCCAGAUGAAGAGAUACAAAGUAAGAUCCACAGGGUUCCCGUGUAACAGUGCCUUUUCCCCCAUGGAGAUGGAGUGCCUCAUCCUGCUGAGCACCAUUGUUUAGGGCUUUAAUGGAGAUGACAGUAUGUAGCCAUGAUCGAUGAAGUCCUUGGCUAUUAGUAGAUAAGUUUCUCCUUCCAGAAAUCAACAGCAGAUAGUUUGCUCCUUUGACAACCAUCCCCAAAUCUUGGAGCUAGCAACAAGUCACUACUUUGUCAUAAACAGGUGACUGCAAGAGAUCUUAGGAAUAACAAAAGGUUUUAGAGGCUCUUGUGCUGGAAACUGGGUGGAGACCAAAUAUACUUCUUAUGCCAAGGCAUAAGAAACCCAUUUACUUGAUUCACAUCCCCUUAACAUCAGUCUGUAUGGGGCUUUUUGAAUUUUGUUUGUCUUUAGUUCAGCAUUAAGUAGGGUAAAAUGAAAGCCCAGCAAUAUAAAAACUAUCAAUUUUAUGAGCAAAAAUACUAGGUAAUGCAGAGCAUCAGUGUUUUUCUUCCAUACAGCAUUUCUUCCCCAAAUGUCUUCAUCUAAAAGUUGUGUAAUGGCUAGUGAGCUGGCUCAGCAGUUAAAGACCAAGCCCGGCCUGAGUUUCGAUCUCAAGAACCCGUGUGAUGGAAAGGACGGACUGACAGAAGUUGUCCUCUGAUCUCUGCAUGCAUGAAAAUGUGAUUUUUAAAAACUAAAAUGUCUAUAAUGAAAUUAGGCAUUUUGAUUGUUUUGAAGUGUGCACUUCAUCUAUUCAAAUAAAUAUUGCAAACUUGCUGAAA